GAAAGGAAGAACAUGAACAACAUCAGGAAGUAAAAGUUGUUUGUAAGUGUUAUGAAUCAUUUCGAGAACAUCACAACAGUUUAGUGCUGCUAUCUAGAGACUGAAUGGACUUAUGAACAGAAUCAUGUUUUAUGUUCUUUGUUGAGGCAGAGUAGUACGUCCGGUAAAAUGGGUGGCAAAAAUAAACGAAAAAAAAAGGGGGUUCCUGUUCAGACACGUAAAGCAGCGUCUCCAGAACCCAGCUGUGUGUCUAUGAAGAGUGAUGCGUCCAUGGACCCUCCCCCUAAACUCAAUGAUGGAGCACUGACCUCUGACCCUAACACUGCUUUUAAAGGGAAGCACUGUAAAAUGACUCCCUAUAAGCAGAGAAAGGAGAGGUUUUUUGUUCAGACACAUAAAGCAGCAUCUCCAGAACCCAGCUGUGUAUCUAUGAAGAGUGAUGCAUCCAUGGACCCUCCCCCUAAACUCAAUGAUGGAGCACUGACCUCUGACCCUGAAGUGAAGAGCGAUGAUGUGAUCAGAUCAGUGAAGCCCCGUUUGACCUGCACUGACUUCGACCUCAUCAGGCAGAGAGUCAGAGACCAGCACAAAAACAGCAUGAAGAACAAGUAUGAGAGCUUAUUUGAAGGGGUGAAUGAAGAAUAUGAAGUUUUACAGAUGGAGAAAACAGCCAGAACACAAGACACUCCUAUCUACUGCAAUGACAUCUUUAAACCCUUAAAUGAACGAGGCUGUGAGGAGAAAGACAAAAUCAAGACUGUUCUUACCAAAGGCAUCGCUGGAAUUGGAAAAACCUUCUCUGUGUGGAAGUUCAUUCUGGACUGGUCCAAGGGUAAAGCCAAUCAGGAUGUAGAUUUCAUGUUUGUGCUUCCAUUUCGAGAGCUGAACUUGAUUAAAGGUCACCCGCACAGUCUUCACAGACUUCUGCUGGACUUUCAUCCUGAAUUUCGAGAUUUGGACUCAAAGAUUUAUGAGGAGUGUAAAGUUGUUUUCAUCUUUGAUGGUCUGGAUGAAAGCAGAAUUACACUGAUGUUUUCAGACGAUUUGAAAAUUUGUGAUGUGAAUGAGUCUUCAGCAGUGGGUUUGUUGAUGUCAAACCUUAUCAGUGGAGAUUUGCUUCCCUCUGCUCUCAUCUGGAUCACCUCCAGACCAGCAGCAGCCAAUCAGAUCCCCUCAAAAUACAUCAACCGUGUGACAGAAAUUCAGGGAUAUAGACCUAUUACAUCUCUCUCUUCCUGCAGAGUGAAGAGAGAUGAUGUGAUCAGAUCAGUGACGCCCGGUCUGACCUGCACUGACUCCGACUGUCAGACCCUCAUCAGGCAGAGAGUCAGAGACCAGCACAAAAACAGCAUGAAGAACAAGUAUGAGAGCUUAUUUGAGGGAAUUAAACUAGAAGAGAAUCAAACCCUCCUGAAUAUGAUCUACACACAGCUCUACAUCAUAGAGGGAGAGAGUGAAGGGGUGAAUGAAGAACAUGAGGUUUUACAGAUGGAGGAAAGAGCCCGAACACAAGACACUCCAAUCUACUGCAAUGACAUCUUUAAACCUUUGCAUGAACGAGGCUGGGAGGAAAAAGACAAAAUCAAGAAGGUUCUUACUAAAGGCAUCGCUGGAAUUGGAAAAACCGUCUCUGUGCAGAAGUUCAUUCUGGACUGGUCUGAGGGUAAAGCCAAUCAGGAUGUGGAUUUCAUGUUUGUGCUUCCAUUUCGAGAGCUGAACUUGAUUAAAGAUCACAAGUACAGUCUUCACAGACUUCUGCUGGACUUUUAUCCUGAACUUCAAGAUUUGGACUCAAACAUUUAUAAGGAGUGUAAGGUUGUGUUCAUCUUUGAUGGUCUAGAUGAAAGCAGAAUUACACUGAUGUUUUCAGGCAAUUUGAAAAUUUGUGAUGUGAAUAAGUCUUCAGAAGUAGGUUUUUUGAUGUCAAACCUUAUCAGUGGAGAUUUGCUUCCCUCUGCUCUCAUCUGGAUCACCUCCAGACCAGCAGCAGCCAAUCAGAUCCCUUCAAAAUACAUCAACCGUGUGACAGAAAUUCAGGGAUUCAAUGAGCCACAGAAGGAGGAAUAUUUCAGGAAGAGAAUCUGUGAUGAGCAUCAAGCCAGCAGAAUCAUCUCACACAUUAGGAGAUCAAGAAGCCUCCACAUCAUGUGUCACAUACCAGUCUUCUGCUGGAUCUCAGCCACUGUGCUUCAAAAUCUCCUGAAGCAACAUGACAGUGCAGAAAUCCCUCAAACUCUGACUGAAAUGUACAUCCACUUCCUGCUGACUCAGGUCAACAUGAGGAAUCAGAAGUAUGAGAAAGAUCCAGAGAAACUCCUGCAGUCCAACAGAGAUGUGAUUGUGAAACUUGCUGAACUAGCUUUCAAACAGCUGAUGAAGGGCAAUGUGAUGUUCUAUGAGGAGGACCUGAUUGAGAGCGGCAUAGAUAUCACUGACGCCUCGGUGUAUUCUGGGAUUUGCACUGAGAUCUUUAAGGAGGAAUCUGUGUUUCAUCAGAGGAAAGUGUACUGCUUCAUUCAUUUGAGCUUUCAGGAGUUUCUAGCUGGUUUUUUUGUUUUUUACUGCCAUGUAGUCAAUAAUAAGGAAUCACUGAAGUCCUUUCUGAGUAAUGCAUAUAAAAAGUACAGUAAAAAAAACUCUCUGUAUAAGCUACUAAAAGCAGCAGUUGGUAUAUCUUUUGGGAGUAACACUGGACACCUGGAUCUUUUUCUGCGAUUCCUGCUGGGCAUCUCACUGGAAUCCAAUCAGAGACUCCUACAGGAUCUACUGACACACACAGUGAACAGCUCAGCGACCAUUCAGAAUAUCACACAGUACAUUAAAGACAAAAUCAAGGGUGAUCGUGUUCUCUCAGCUGACAGAUACAUUAGACUGUUCCUCUGUCUGCUGGAAAUGAAGGAUCAGACUCUGUACAGAGAGAUUCAGGAUUUUAUGCUAUCAGAGAAUCACUUGGUGAAUAAACUCUCUCCUGGUCACUGUUCAACAAUAGCCUACAUGCUUCAGAUAUCAGAUGAGGUGCUGGAUGAGUUUGAUCUGAAGAAAUACAACACAUCAGAUGAGGGUAAAAGGAGACUUAUACCAGCUGUGCUGAACUGCAGAAAAGCUUUACUUGCUGGCUGUAAUUUCACUGAUCAGCUCUGUAAAAGUUUGUCUUCAUGUCUACAAUCAUCAAACUCCUCACUGAGAGAGGUGGACCUGAGUAAUAAUGAUCUGCAGGAUUCAGGAGUGAAGCUGCUCUCUGAUGGACUGAAAAGUUCACACUGUCAUCUCAACAUACUAAGAUUAUCUGGCUGUAUGGUGACAGAGAAAGGCUGUUGUUAUCUGGCUUCAGCUCUGAAUUCAAACCCCUCACACCUGAGAGAGCUGGAUCUGAGCUACAAUCACCCGGGACAAUCAUUAGUCAUGCUGGUCUCUGAUCCAAACUACAGACUGGACAAACUCAAUGUGGAUCAUGGAGGAGAGAUCAGAAUUACAGCAGGACUACAAAAAUAUGCAUGUGAUCUCACACUGGAUUUAAACACAGCAAACACUCAUCUCGCUCUGUCUGAGAGGAACAGAAAGGUGACACAUGUGGAAGAGGAGCAGUCAUAUCCUGAUCAUCCAGAGAGAUUUGAUGAGUUGCCUCAGGUUCUGUGUAGAGAGAGUCUGUCUGGACGCUGUUACUGGGAGGCUGAAUGGAGCGGGUGGGCUGAUAUAUCAAUGAUGUAUAAAGGAAUCAGCAGGAGAGGAAAGAGUGAUGACUGUUGGUUUGGAUACAAUGAAAAGUCCUGGAGUCUGAACUGUAUAAAAAACAGUUUUACUGUCAGACACAAUAAUAAGAGCACAGAUAUAUCUGUCCCUUCACAUCUCUCUAACAGAGUAGGAGUGUAUCUGGACUGGCUGGCCGGCACUCUGUCCUUCUACAGCAUCUCUGAAACGCACACACUCACACACUUACACACACUCAACAGCAAAUUCACUGAACCCCUCUAUGCUGGAUUUGGGGUUUAUUUUAGUGGUUCAGUGUCUCUGUGUGAGAAACAACAGAGACGCACAGUGAAGUAAAAGAAACACACUCAUAUUAUGUCUCUCUUUAACACACACAGCUGUAAACUCAUUCUCUCUCAUUCUUAUCUUAAUUGUAAUGUGUAUAUAGAAACACACACAAAUUCACUUUGGUCUUAAUGAGACACUCCACAGACUUCUAUGGUGUUUUUUUAAAGGCAUUUGAAUGUGGCUCAACAGGAGUUUUGUCUUUGAGUCUCAGAGUGCCACCUGGAGGAAGAUUUAGAUUCUUGCUCACAGGAAACAGUUUUUAGCAAGCGCUCGCUCUGUUACAACUGAGGGUCAGGUCAGAGCUCAUCUUCUAACACAGUUCUUAACUAGGGGUGUAACGAUAGCCUCAUGUCACAAUUUGAUACAUAUCAUGAUACUGAACUCACGAUACAUUAUUAUUGCGAUACUCGAAGACAUAUGGUAAAUGGUUAACAAAAAAAACUUACUGUUGAUUAAAAUGCUAAAUUUGGUAUUACAUUGGGGGUGGAAAUGAAUAGGCUUGGACUUGGCACUGGUAACCCAAUGCACAGGACAGUGGUGACACCAGAAUAAAAAUAUUCAUGAUUCUAAUGCUGAAACACGAUGAAUAUGUUUGCACUCUGUCACUGACAAGAUAUAUUUAAAAUAAUGUAGGCCACUCUUUACAUUUGGCAUUAUCAGGACCUUCAAAUAUUUCCCCAUUGCAUUAUAAUACACUAUAUUCAACAUUAUAUAUGUUGGUUUAAUGUAGUACUGAAACAAACUCAAAAAAAUUUUCUCACACAGUAAUUUUAAUUUUGGGUAAACUAUACACAAUACAGAUUGUCACUAUCCACAAUACGAUAUUGUUGCAUUUUUGUAUCACGAUAUAUUGUGACACAAUAUAUUGUUACAUCCCUAUUCAUUUCAGUUGUUGAAGACUGUGGAGCUUAUCUUACACUCCGUGUGGAAGGAUGACAUCUCUUCCUGAUCACUCAUUCUCUACUGUGUCUUACAAUCACAGUCAAACUGAUUGUUCAAUUACUGUAGAUACAAUAUUACAGGACAAAGUCAAUGCAACAAAGUAGGAGACACAGCUGUGGAGAUUCUUUCUUCUGUCAGGACAUAAUAGUAUUUUGUUACUAGAUACAUGUGUGUAUUUUUUUUUCUUAACCUAAAUAUAUAUUUGAAUCUAUAUGAAGUAUUAAGUUAUGAUCUGAGAGCACAUGGUUUAUAAUAGAGGAGACUGUUUGGGUCUAGUUCUCACACUUAGUCUAGUUCAGGGAUUGGUCUGGGGGGGCCACAAGGGAGUGCUAGGGGGUCAGUGGAAAAAAAAAAAAGUAAAACAGUGCAGUGGAAAAAAAAAAAAAAUUAAUGAUAAAUAAAUAAGAUAACCCUCUUAUUGCAUUUGGUUAGUUUUGACCCGGAAGCAGCUAAAAAUUUCUUAAAUAUACAUAGAUUUUAGUACAGCAAAAACACUUUGCUGCAAUUGUUAUGUAAUGAAAUGGAUUAUGUUACAUCCAGAAAUGUAUUCUUUAUUGUAUCGGGCCAUCAGAAGAGCUGUGUUUUCUUGCAUUUGUGUUUUUGUGUGCUUUUUCUGUGUUUGGCUCCUCCAACUCAAUCCAUCUGGCAGGCAGCUGAUUGCCCCCAGUUGUACCUGCUCAGCAGUCAAGAGUGAAGGAGCAUAAGAGCAGACAAGAAACUGCCAGAGAUUGAGAAACUUUCUCUUAAGAGCUUUUUCCUAACAUUCUUGUUGUUGAAUGUGAUAGCUGCUUAAUUUUGUACUUUUUGGUAUUGUAUUGUUUUUAUUGAUUGUUGUGUGUGUAUAACAUUUACACUUGUUGUAGUUUACAUGUGGAGGUUAAUGUUACCAUUCUAUUCUAUUCUUCUUUUAUUCUUGCUGCUGUUAAUAUCAAGCUUAUUAGCUACAUUAACGGUUGUUUAUUUGGUUGUUUAUAUGGAAGCUGUAGGGAUGUAGGCACCAUUUUUGUUCUCUGUUCUCCAGGAAGGGGGGUACAAUUCUGUUAUUGAUUUUUCUAUUCUUUGGUAGUAUAGUUAGAGGUUUUACUCCCACAGACAGAACGCUUUUUGUUUGUUAUUUUGGGCUUGCCCCCUCCUGAAGCCGUUGUUUCACUUUUAAGUUGUUCUUUUUAAAUACCUUGUUUUUGUUCCAUGAGUUGUAAAUAAAAAAAAAUCUUGCAUGUAA